AUGACUAUGAUCAACAUCAUAGUCACCAUCUUGAUCCUAUUUUCUCCAACCUCUAAUGCCAUAACCAAAACAAAGCCACUUCCCUUCAAGAAAAUCUAUGCCUUUGGCGACUCUUUUACCGACACAGGCAACACAAGGUUGGGUGCUGGGCCAAGUACUUUUAAUUAUGGCUUUAAACCACCGUACGGAGUCACCUUCUUUCACCACCCAACAAAUCGAUACUCAGAUGGACGAUUGGUGAUUGAUUUCGUAGCACAAUCACUAUCAUUGCCUUUCUUGCCUCCUUAUAAAAAUGUUAAGAGAAAUUCACCUAAUGGGGUCAACUUUGCUGUGGCUGGUUCCACUGCUAUAAAUCAUAGAUUCUUUGUUAAGAACAACCUUACUCUUAAUAUUACCCCUCAAUCUAUUAAGACUCAGUUUCGUUGGUUCAAUAAGUAUUUGAAAAAAAAUGUUGGGUGUAAAACUCAAGAUAGGAAUUGCAGAAUUGCUGACUUUAAAGAUACUUUGUUUUGGAUUGGUGAGAUUGGUGUCAAUGAUUAUGCUUACACUAUUGGAUCCACUAUUUCUAGUGACACUAUUCGAAAGUUGGGCAUCAAAAGCUAUUCUCAAUUUUUAACGAUUCCUGUAUCUACCACUUACCCAAUGGUAUCUUAUUGUUAUUGCUUCAAAAAGAAAAAAGAGAAAGAAAAAUCUCAUUGUUCUUGUAUUGUUCUCAUAUUACAGGCAUUGUUAAAGAAAGGUGCAAAGUAUGUUGUAGUUCAAGGCUUUCCAAUGUCAGGAUGCUUACCUUUGGCUAUGACUUUAGCUUCCCAAGAUGAUAGGGACAACAUAGGUUGUGUCAAGAGUGUGAACAAUCAAAGUUACACUCACAACCUAGCCAUUUUAAAGUUGGUCAAAUCUCUUCGAACACAAUUUCCCCAAGCUGUAAUAAUAUAUGCUGAUUAUUGGACUGCCUACAAAACCGUCAUGCAAAGUCCAGCCAAGUUUGGUAUGAAGGAGACAUUUAAAGCGUGUUGUGGGACGGGCGGACCUUAUAAUCUUGAUGUGUUUUCUGUUUGUGGGACACCUUCUGUUAGAGCAUGUCGAAACCCAUCUCAGUAUGUGAAUUGGGAUGGAGUUCAUCUUACUGAAGGCAUGUAUAAAGUGGUCUCUGAUAUGUUUCUUAAAGGAUCACUUACUCAACCUAGUUUCAAUUACUUGUUAGCCAAAAAAUUACACCAUGGAUAA